AUGUGCUACUUCCUCACCGGCCUGGCCGAUGAGACCCUCACCGUGAAGCUCGGAGAUGAGGCUCCAGCAACCUUCGCCGAAGUCCUACAAAAGGCGAAGAAAGUCAUCGAUGGACAAGAGCUCCUCCGAACCAAGACUGGCCGACUUAAAAAGCAAAUUGACCAGAAGAAGCUAAGCCAAGAGAAGAGGAAGUCCGAUUCUAAGUCUAAGGACAAUGGAUCGUCCUUUUCUGGCAGCAGAACCGAGUAUCAUCGAUCGGAGAUCGGCUUUAAUCGAAGCCGACCUUACGAGCGUUAUACUCCAACUACCAUCCCCAUCUCUGAGAUACUUACGAACAUCGAGGAAAGCGGGAUGGAAAAGCUCCUCAAGCGACCUGAGAAGCUCCGAGGAGACCCAGAAAAGCGUAACAAGGAUAAGUAUUGCCGUUUUCAUCGCGAUCACAGCCAUAACACGACGAAUUGCUGGGAGCUGAAGCGCCAAAUUGAAGAUCUCAUUCAAGAUGGCUAUUUCAAAAAGUUCGUAGAAAAGCCGAGGACUGACUCGGUAGAGAAGACAGAAGAGAGAAAGCAUUCAAGGACGCCACCUCGUCGAGAUGACCGACCUGCGGUCAUCAACACAAUAUUUAGGGGCCCUAGUGGGGGCCAAUCUGGAAAUAAAAGGAAAGAACUAGCUCUCGAGGCCAGGCGCGAGGUAUGCAUCAUUAGGGAGCAGAAGCCUACUUGCUCCAUUAUCUUCGACGAUACCGAUCUGGAGGGAGUUCAUUUGCCUCAUAAUGAUGCACUUGUGAUCGCUCCUCUCAUUGAUCGCGUCCUGGUCCGAAGAGUACUGGUAGAUGGAGGGUGCAUUGACCUGCCGGUCACAAUCGGACAAGAUGCUACCCAAGUAACGCAGAUGGCUGAGUUCGUGGUGAUCGACAGCAGAUCGGCCUACAACGCCAUCUUCGGGAGACCCAUAAUCCACUCAUUUCGGGCCGUCCCCUCCACGCUGCAUCAAGUCCUGAAGUACUCAACCCCUAAUGGAGUGGGCACGAUCUGA